AUGCUUAUGUCUAACAAUGCCUGCUUGGUACCUACUUCUUUCUGGCUCACUGGCAUCCCAGACCUGGAAUCCCUACAUAUCUGGCUUUCCAUACCUUUCAGUUCUAUGUAUUUCGUUGCUGUAGUGGGAAAUUUAACCAUUUUGGCAGUGGUAAAGGUGGAACGCAGCCUGCACCAGCCCAUGUACUUCUUCCUAUGUAUGUUGGCUAUCAUUGACUUGGUCCUGUCAACAUCUACCAUGCCCAAAUUGUUAUCGAUCUUCUGGUUUGGUGCCCACAAUAUCGACCCGGAUGCUUGCUUAGCCCAGAUGUUUUUUGUUCACUGUUUUGCCACUGUUGAGUCAGGCAUCUUUCUUGCCAUGGCUUAUGAUCGCUAUGUGGCCAUCUGUAACCCACUUCGUCACACCACAGUGCUCACCAAUGCUGUAGUGACUCAGUUGGGCCUGGCUGCCCUCCUUCGAGGAGUAAUCUACAUUGGACCCUUACCUCUGCUGAUUCGCCUGCGGUUGCCCCUCUACCGAACUCAAGUUAUUGCACAUUCUUAUUGUGAGCACAUGGCAGUGGUCACCUUGGCAUGCGGUAACACAAAAGUUAAUAACUUGUAUGGAAUGGGAAUUGGUUUUCUGGUACUGAUUCUAGAUUCUUUAGCCAUUGCUGCCUCCUAUGUGAUGAUUUUCAGAGCUGUAAUGGGGUUGGCUACUCCUGAAGCCAGGCUUAAAACUCUAGGGACUUGUGGUUCUCACAUAUGUGCAAUUCUUGUUUUCUAUAUUCCCAUUGCUGUUUCUUCUUUAACACACCGCUUUGGCCAUCAUGUGCCUCCUCAUAUUCAUAUCCUUUUAGCUAACUUCUACCUCCUCAUCCCACCCAUCCUCAACCCAGUUGUCUAUGCCGUCCGCACUAAACAGAUUAGAGAGAGGCUUCUCCACAUUCUUAAAUUAGGGGCUCCUUCAAAAUAA